AUGAGACAUUUUCCUCCAAGAGGAUCGAUUGCUAGCGAUGAUUCUCAAGCGCCUCUUAUUGAUGAGUCACCCAAGAUCAUGCCUUCGGUAGCGAUUCACAUAUUGUCUAUAGCACUGUGUCUGUCGUCUGGAUUCCAGCAAGGAUACAUCGCAUCAGUUCUCAAUCAACCAUACGCUCAAAUUGAGCAGUUCAUUAAUGAGUCAUGGAUUGAAAGGACUGGAGAACCCAUAUCAGAUGCCACAUUACAUAUACUGUGGUCACUUCUCAAUGUCUGCUUUCCAAUUGCUACUAUAUUCGGCCAAUUUCUCGCCGGAUGGAUGUGUGCCAAAUUUGGCCGAAAACACACAGCCUUAAUAGCAUCGUUUCUUUAUAUACCCGGCGCAUUAAUGUGUGCUGCUGCCAAAUGGUUCUUCCCGGCUUUUGAAUUACUGUUCUUCGGUCGAAUUAUUUGGUCUCUCGCGAAUGGAGUGAAUACAGUCAACGCGACCGUUUGGAUUGUCGAGUGCGCUCCACCGCAAAUUCGAGGUCGAAUGGCAGCAAUGCAAGAAUUUUUCAUGGCUUUAGGUUCUCUGCUAACCCAGGCUGUGGGAGUUCCGUUUUCAACAGACGAACUCUGGCCUUACAAUUUUCUUCCGAACUGCGCGGUUGUUCUUGUCUCAAUGGCAAUGUUUUCUAUGGUCGCUGAAUCUCCUCAAUUUAUAAUGGAGAAAUAUAACGAUGUUGAUCGAGCUAGAAGAGCUCUUGCUCAAUACCACGGAGUGAAUGAAGACGAUCCAUCGGUUGAAUCUGAAAUGCGCAUUUGCGAACAGAGUCUGAGCAAAUCGCCAGGAAAGAAAACCGCCAGUGGAAUUGAAUGCGAAUUCACCGGAAUGCAGAUCAUGUUUAUGCCGUGGAAAGCCAAAGAUGCCACAUCUCGACUUAUUCGAUAUUGCGCAUGGAUUGGAGUGAUGGUCAAGAUUGCCUACGUGUUCUCAGGGGCCCGAUCCCUUCGCGGUUACAGUACUUUCAUAUUGUACACUCUUUCGCACUUCACCUACUCGCAGUCCACGUGGCUCUCGUUUGCAACAGGACUUAUUCGCCUUCCCUUUACCCUUGUUCCAGUGUUUUUGGUUGAUCGACUGGGCAGACGUCCUUUGAUUGUCGUCUCAAUGAUGGUCUCUUUCAUUUCUUUAUUAGUCAUGAUUGUGGCCAUCGAUUUGAACGGAGACUUCAAGUACGCUACAUUCGUUGCUCUCACUGCUCUUCUACUUGUGAAUACUUGCGGAAUCGGAUCAGUGUCGAGAUUCUACGCGGCUGAACUCGUGCCAAGAAAUCUUCUGCUUUCUUCAGUUUCCACAUUAACAAUGUUCGAGGCUUUAACCAAAAUCGCUGUAGAAUUCGCGUUUUAUCCAACAGCCAAUGUGAUCGGCGCUCAGGCUCUCCUUCUCUUUUUGAUUCCAACCGGAAUUUUCACGGUAAUGUGCUACUUUAUGUGUCCCGAAACAAGUCGAAUGACAGUGAAUGAGGUUUUAAACAAUGUUGCUGCGAAGAAGAAAAUGGGCGUUUCGUUCCCAAUGUGA